UGUCCUCUGUCCUGCGCCUGCGCAAGCCUGCUCUCGCUCGCUGGCGUUCUCCCUCCAAUUCCCACCUCCCCGCAUCAUCAUCAUCUUCAUCAUCAUCAACCCCCUUCCCUUCCCGGCCGCUUCUUCUGUUAAGCAAAUAGGAGAUCCCCGCUCCGCUCUCGGGACCUUGUCAGCGAAGAGGAUCCGGGCCUGAAGGAGCGGGUCCUCCACCGAAGCCCCACAUCACAGCCCCCCGCGUACGUGCCUCGAAACCCACGGAGAUCGUUAUCAUGCGCUGGAUGGAGACGGUCUCUCUCGGCAGCCUCCUGAGUGGAUAUUGCUACUCUUAGCUUGGAAAGUGGCGGCGCUGGAGAAGGAAAGGCAGAGGAAAAGGGAGCCGGAGGAUAGCCCGGAGUCCCAGGGACUGAACCUGGAACCACUUGCAUACAGAGCAUGUGUUCUAUUGCUGCGCUGUUCACUAUUCCUCAAAACCUUGUGUUCCAGCCUUGAACAACUUUGGACAUUAACCUUGAGGGGUGUGAUGAGAAAUGGCUUUGGGAAACAAUACACAACGAAGUUACUCUAUCAUCCCGUGUUUCAUCUUUGUUGAGCUUGUCAUUAUGGCUGGGACGGUCUUGCUCGCCUACUACUUUGAGUGCACAGACACUUUCCAGGUGCAUAUUCAAGGCUUCUUCUGCCAAGACAGCAAUUUGAUGAAACCGUAUCCAGGAACAGAGGAUGAAAGCUUCAUUUCCCCUCUUGUCCUCUACUGUGUACUGGCUGCAACCCCAACAGCAAUUAUUUUUAUUGGAGAGAUAUCUAUGUAUUUCAUCAAGUCCACCAGAGAAAGUUUAAUUAUCCAAGAAAAAACCAUUUUGACAGGAGAAUGCUGUUACCUGAAUCCAUUACUUCGGAGAAUUAUUCGAUUUAUAGGAGUAUUUGCAUUUGGUCUUUUUGCCACCAACAUAUUUGUAAAUGCUGGCCAGGUAGUGACGGGAAACUUGGCACCCUAUUUCUUGACUGUCUGUAAACCCAACUACACUGGGAGUGACUGCCGAGCUCACCACCAGUUUGUUAACAAUGGAAAUAUCUGCACUGGCGACCAAGAUGUGAUUGAGAAGGCAAGGAGAUCUUUCCCAUCCAAACAAGCUGCUUUAAGCAUUUAUUCAGCCUUAUAUGCUACAAUGUACAUCACUAGCACAAUCAAGACAAAGAGCAGUCGGCUUGCCAAGCCAGUGUUGUGCCUGGGGACACUUUGUGCUGCCUUCCUUACAGGGCUCAAUCGAGUUUCUGAGUAUCGAAACCACUGUUCAGAUGUCAUUGCAGGCUUCAUCUUGGGAAGCGCAGUAGCACUCUUUCUGGGCAUCUGUGUGGUUCAUAAUUUCAAGGGAGCACAUGGAACACCUUCAAAAUCAAAACUGGAUGAACAACGAGGUGUCCCCCUGAUGGCGUUUCCAAGAGUGGAAAGUCCUUUGGAGACAUUGAGUGCCCAGAAUCAUUCUGCCUCUAUGACUGAAGUAACCUGAUCCGAACAGCUUGAAGAGAAACUUUUUUAUUGCCCUCUGCUACAAUACUCCCACAACAAUACACAGUUAUACUAAUUGUCAAACUGUGAUGACCAGUAUUAUGUUAUGUCUAGUUAGAAACUAAUGUUUUGUACAUUUUUGUAUGAGGAAAUGAUGUAGCUUGCCCUGGAAUUCCUACCCACUUUUUUUUCUUCUUAUCGUCAGCUUUAAUAUAUUUAUGCCAGAAUUUAAGACAAAUGAAAACAACAACAACAACAAAAAGAAACAAGAAAAAAAUGAGAGCUCUUUUUUGAUUGAAUUGUGUUCUGAGGCACUACACCUUUGGGAAUUGUUGAUGUUCUGUGA